GUGAAGCUUUACCCGUGCGGAAAAUUUGCCAUUUUUAUUGCUAAUUAUCAAGUUUUGUGUCUUGUGAAGUUUAUUGAUUAAUCUCUAAAAUGUCACUGUCUCUGAUGAGACACUAGCAUGCCCGCUGGCUCCACUACAGCUAAAUAUGAAAUAGCUUUAGCUUCCGAGCUAGAUGACUGUAUUGAGAUGCUAACGCCAGCUAAUGACGAGCUAACUAACGAGUUGUCGGUACAAACAUGGUUUGUACUUCAAGUAGUUUUAUAUCCGAUUGUAUCUCACUCGCUUUCAGAUAUGUAGCAGUGUAUCCACAUGUUAACUCAACCAGCGUCUGGUAAAUCAAACAUUAGCAAGAUUAGCGUGAAUGAAAACACGAGAUUUUAGAGUUCAGUUUAAUGCUAACUGGCUAGCUAACGCUGUUAGCUAAACAUUUAUGUUGACCGUUAGGCGAAUUAAAAUGGAGUUUAAUGUUUGUCAGACGCGAACGACGUAAAAACCGUGAGCUCGACUUGUUUUCUCUACCACGCCAGUGUUGGUUAACAGUGUUUGUUCCGCACAGCUUGCCGUACCCUCUCCAGGCUAACACCCAUGUUAGCUUGCUUUUACCAAAUGUUGCUAGCUGAAUGCUAACAUUUGGAAGUCGUAUUUAAGCUACUUUUUUGGUCUUGGCGACGACUUCUCACCCUCGACGUUAAAUCCUUAUUUAAGCUAUGUCGAUCCAUCAAUAUAUAAUAUAAAGCCGAGUUUGACUGCUCGUGUUAGACCGUGUUACGGUCUCACUCUGUUGCUUCAUAGCCACACCCUUCCUCUCGAAACCAACCAACGUUUCGCUUUAAGUUGUCACAAACAUAAGUUCGUAUUUUUAAUUGCCACUAUAGCACUAACGUUACUCGUUUGACUAAAAAAGGCGUAGUUUUACACAAUAUAUUUUAAUAAAAGUUUUAUUAAAUCAGAAGCGUGUUUGUGCUCUUCUGUUAACGUUAACUUAAAAUUAAUUUACCCCCUCUUAACUCUGACACACUAACUAAAGAGUAGCCCAGUUAGACAUCAUUUAAAAAAGUCCACCAGCCUUGUAAUGAAUGUUUUAGAUAAACAUGUAUUUUUUUUACUGUCUGUAUGUUGAUCAGCAACAGGUCUCUCAUGGAAUACUUUUUGUUUGUUAUGUAACAUGUGACAACUCACCUCCUGAUUAUAAAGUAGACCCACACAGCACUUAGAUUAGCAACUAAAGUCAUCCCAGAAAAGCAUCAUUAUCAUAACACUGGAUGAAUAAGCUAACACUGCACAGCGGAUGAUUUUAAUAAAUUGACUGUUUUUCCGAUGGGCUCUGGUGUCAAAUGUUGUCCUUACGUUUUUCAUUUGUCUGACUUUGUAAACACAAAGCAAACAAUCCAGUUUUCAUCUGGGUGGACUGUAAACACUGCCGUAUUUGGUUUAAUUCAGGGCCAGGUUCCUGUCUGAACAGUUUGGUGUAGUCUUGUUUUCUGGCUCCCAACCGACACUUAACAUCUGCCCGCUGACAUCGGCGUACCUGAGGAUCUGCCGGUGCCCCCCCCCUCCCCAGAUGUAGAGGGAGUUGACAUCUGCAGCAGCCGUGUACACAACUCUUGUGCUGACCAGAGAAGUUUUCUACCAUGCGUGAGUACAAGCUCGUGGUGCUGGGAUCAGGUGGCGUGGGAAAGUCCGCACUGACGGUCCAAUUUGUGCAAGGCAUUUUUGUGGAGAAGUACGACCCCACAAUAGAAGACUCCUACAGAAAGCAAGUGGAGGUCGACGGGCAGCAAUGUAUGCUUGAAAUCCUCGACACGGCCGGAACAGAGCAGUUCACGGCUAUGAGGGACCUGUACAUGAAGAAUGGACAAGGGUUUGCUUUGGUGUACUCCAUCACAGCACAGUCGACGUUUAAUGACCUGCAGGACCUCCGGGAACAGAUCCUGCGAGUAAAGGACACCGAGGACGUUCCAAUGAUCCUGGUGGGAAACAAGUGUGACCUGGAGGACGAGCGUGUGGUUGGAAAGGAGCAGGGCCAGAACCUGGCUCGUCAGUGGAACAACUGUGCCUUUUUAGAGUCUUCAGCUAAAUCAAAGAUCAAUGUUAAUGAGAUUUUCUAUGAUCUGGUGAGACAGAUCAACAGAAAAACGCCGAUGGAAAAGAAGACAAAAAAGAAGUCGAGUUGCACACUGCUCUAAAAUGCCCUCCCACAGCAGCUCCAGGCCAGAAACUUGUCAUGAUUAACUGUUUCCCAGUGGAUCGUGCCAGCAUUCCAAGUCCUCUCCAGAGCAUUUUGAAAAAGGCAGACCGAGAUACUUCACCAGGAGACGGCACAUAAUCUCAAGAUGCUCUUCUCUGCUUUUCAAGCAGCGAAGAGAUCCACCUCUUUUUUUUGUAUUGUCAGCCUGAUGACAACUCUGUUAUUGUUUUAUUUGUUGUCUUUUCUUCUCCGAUGUGUCUUUCUUUUUGAAAUAUUAGUGUAAAAGAAGAGACCGUGGGUUUAAAUCCAUAUAUGGGAACUAAAAUGUUUUAUUAAAAGUAACAUCAAUCGUUGGCAUAGUGUGACAAUACGUUUGCAAAAGGAAACCUUGUGAAAUGUUGACCUUUUCAUACAGUUCUGUACUAACGGUGUCAACAAAGAUGCAUCAUUGUCCAUAAGUUACUCGCUCCUACUUUCAAGGAUGUGUAUUGAGAUAACAUCUUUCCUAAGUGACUUUGUUUUUUAUUGAGAGCUGCAAGCCUUCCAUAUUUCCCAUAAUAUAUUCUACUUCCAUUUUUGCAUAAUACAGCUAAGGAAAUUAGUAUUUUAUAGACUGAUGGGGGAAAUGGUGUGUUCUGAUUUGUGUCUUGAGGCUGAAAAUAUAUUGUACUAAACCAACUCUAAUAUUGCUGUCACAGAUGCUUUUCCAGCUUUUAUGAAUGAUUAAAUUUUAGUACAUUUUCA